AACAAACAUGUCGCUACUCCAUCAACACCCAACAGCAGACUAAGGCCACAGCAUAGUAGAAUUAUCCAACUGUUGGCAAGCAGAUGAUAACCGUUGGUUACUAGUAAAUACUACGAUUAUUCACCAGCACGUGGCCGGAUCUUGGUUGAACUCAUUCAACUAACAAAAUCAAGGCAACAGUAAUCAUAAAUGACACUUGUUCCGCGUCUGGGGAAGUUGUACAUCACAGAUACUUUUCGGACCAACUGCGCGCUUGAAAGGACAGGGAAUCGCUAUACCAUCAGUCAAUCCAGAUGAGUGACAUUUGAGAGUCGUUAACUUCAUGGUGCAUUCGAAAAGUCAUGUUUGGGCAGAAUUAUGGACUGGAUGCGCUUCUCAAGCGCCCGCAACCAAGCAGAUGGCAGCAGUUCAUCAAGGAACCAUGUCUGUACCUAGCAACUCUAAUGUAUAGAUGCCGUCAAGUUAUCAACAUCGACCCUAUCAACCCUAUCACCAUCGUCAAUAUCUCAGAUACUCACAACUACCAGCCACCUGAUGUUCCGCAUGGCGAGAUCCUGAUCCACGCUGGAGAUUUGACACAAAAUGGCACCUAUGAAGAAGUACAGACGACCAUUGAUUGGCUUCAAACACUACCACAUCCCCACAAGAUUGUAGUCGCAGGAAACCACGAUACCUUUCUGGACCACAGUAAGCGUCCAGCAAACAUGGUCGCCUCGAGCGCAUCUAUUCAGUGGGGGAAUAUCGUCUACCUAGACUCGGAAUCAACAACCAUAUCCUGCGAGAACGGCCGUGAACUCAAAAUCUACGGUUGCCCCCUUACCCCGCGCCAUGGCAACUGGGCGUUCCAGUAUCCACGCACGAGGGACACAUGGCACUCCACUGUUCCCACGGACACAGACAUCCUCAUCACGCAUGGUCCACCCAAAGGCCAUCUCGAUUUGAACACCUUGGGAUGUCAGUUUCUGCUUGAUGAGCUGUGGCGUACGAAGCCUAUGCUGCACGUAUUUGGGCAUGUCCAUGCGGGGCACGGAACGGAACAUAUUCAGUUCGAUGGGCUUCAGAAAGCCUACGAAAACACAGUUGCAGACCGAGGGGGGAUUCGUAACCUCGGACAUGUGCUUGUUGAAUUUGUUCUUAAUUAUUUCACGCCUCGGAAGGAAUCGACGGCUCUUUUGGUCAAUGCGGCCAUGAUCGGAGGUCUUCGGGACGAAUACAGACGACGCCCGAUAGUUGUGCAUAUUUGAUGUUGACUAGAUGGAUAGGAGACAUUCAAUGGGCCAGUACAGACAUAUUGAUCAGCACUCCAUUCAUAUCCGAACACCGAAACGCAUGUUACACGAAGAGGGAAUCUGAUAUGAUCACCUCCCUAGCUAG